UCGAUAGAGGUACCACCACAACGAUCAUGAAUAGAGAAGAAAACUCAGAUUCCAUCCCUAAUGAUGUCAUUCUUGAGAUACUCUCCAAAUUGCCUAUAAAGUCAAUCGGGAGGUUUCACUGCGUGUCGAAGCUAUGGGGAUCCAUGCUUCACAAGCCAUAUUUCACCAAAUUAUUCUUGACCAGGUCCUCGGGUCGUCCACGUCUCUUAAUUGGGAUCCGGCAACACCGUGAGUGGAGCUUCUUCUCGGCGCCUCAGCCUCAGGAUCAUUAUGGGAAGACUUUGUCUCUUGUAGUAGCUGCCGAUUCUCAUAUCAAGUGCUCCUUAGACAAUAGCCUCGCUAUGUGUAGAUAUGCCUCUGGUUUGCUCUAUUUCCCAUGUUUGCAGCUCUCAUGUAAGGAUGAGGAUGGAGCGGGUGUCAUAUGUAACCCUAUAACGGGACAGUUUGAGAUCUUACAUCGUUUGAGAUUAGGAACUGGCCAUCGUCGUUCCUUGGUCCAAAGAGGUCCCAUCACGUCCAGAGACCAUAGUGGUGGCCUUAUAGGGUUUGAUCCAAUUGGGGGGGCAAUUCAAGGUAUUGUCCAUGAACAAUACAGUUAA